UUUGUGUUGGUUUGAAGCUAAACACUGACCUCAACAACAUCAGGUGUACCACUUUGAAAAGUGAGCUUUGACUUUCAAUGGCAGAUAUAUAUGAGAUAGAGGACAUUGAUGGGGUGCGUUUCAAUUGGAACACAUUUCCAGUAACUCGUCAAGAGUCUGAGAACAUGGCAUCACCAGUUGGUUGUUUGUAUACCCCACUUCUUGCCAGAGAUGAUCUUCCAGUUGCCAACUACGACCCACAGGUUUGUAGAAAGUGUAGAUCGAUCUUGAAUGUAUUUUCACAGAUAGAUAUGAACAAUAGGGUAUGGAACUGUCCAAUCUGCAUGAAUAGGAAUCAAUUGCCUCCUCAAUAUCAAAACAUCUCUGCUGAAAAUGUUCCAAUUGAACUGGUUCCACAGGCUUCUUCGAUGGAGUACAUUUUGAAUAGAUCCCAACCUCCACCUCCACCAACGUUCAUUUAUGUUAUUGACUUGUGUCAAGAUGCUGAUGAUUUGAAAAGCUUGAAAGAGACUUUGAUCAGUUCGUUAGAUCUGCAUCCACCUGGAUGCUUCUUCGGUUUGAUUACGUUUGACUCUGUUGUUAAUGUUCAUGAGCUGAGCUUCACGAACUGUUCAAAGAAAUACGUUUUUUCCGGUAAGAAAGAGUUGAAAUCACUGGACGUUCAGGAGCAGUUGGGUAUAAAAGGUAACGCCUCAAGACCUUGGAGUCAACAACUACAAUCGAACUCAAUAAACAACACAGUCAACAGAUUCUUAUUGCCUUUAGCAAACCCAGACUCGAAAGAUCAAAUCAUCAAAAUAAUUCAAUCGUUAGAUGUUUCUAAAUGGACAAUCAAGCCAGGACACAGAGCUUUGAGAGUUACUGGUUCAGCUCUGAACAUUGCUUCAUGUCUUGUAGAAGGUGCAUAUGUUCAAUGUGCAGCUAAAAUUGCCUUGUUUUCAGCUGGUGCUUGCACUUUUGGGCCUGGUCAGAUAGUUGGCACGGAACUAAAGGAACCAUUGAGAUCUCAUAGCGAUAUAGAAAAAGGUUCUGCAAAGCAUUACAAAGAGGCCGCCAAGCUGUACAAAAAAUUGUCAACCAAGGCCAUUGGUAUCAAUAGAGAUAGCAAUGACAAAUUCUUCGAUAAUUCAUCAACUACAACCUUUAGUGUCGAUAUCUUUGCAGGUUGUUACGAUCAAGUUGGUAUCUAUGAGAUGAGACCACUGAGUAAUAAAACAGGUGGUGUUUUGGUUGUCACUGAUUCCUUUCAAACGUCAAUUUUCAAGAAUUCUUUCUUGGCCACCUUCAAUAAGGAUGAGGAAGGUUACCCAUUAACGUACUUUGAUGGUAAAAUGGAGGUUUUCACAUCUCCUAAAUUGAAAGUCGCCGGUGUUAUUGGUCAUUGUCAAUCUUUGAAGAAAGAUGCCGAUAAUGUUUCAGAUAUCCAAGUUGGAGAUGGUCAAACAAAUCAGUGGAAGAUGUGCUCUAUAUCUCCAAAACAUACAUAUGCAGUUUUCUUUGAUAUUCAAACGGUUGGAUCAAGUGAACAAAGAAACUCUUUUGUGCCUGAAGUUUACAUUCAAUUCCAAACCACCUAUAGACAUACCGAUGGUACGUUUAGAACUAGAGUCACUACAUUGAACAGACUAACUUCUAACAGGGGCGAGUUGACCAGUUCCUUUGACCAAGAAGCUGCUGCUGUCUUGUACGCAAGAUUGGUAGUUCACAAGCUUGAGAAUGGUGGCGAAUAUUCUGACUUAUUGAGAUGGAUUGACAAAUCACUAGUUAAGUUAUGUUCCGCCUUUGGUGACUACACCAAGAAUGAUGCAUCAAGUUUUAGAUUAUCCCAUAAGUUCUCAUUGUUACCACAGUUUAUCUACCAUUUGAGGAGAUCACAAUUUUUACAGGUCUUCAACUGCUCACCUGAUGAGACUGCAUUCUACCAUCAUACACUACUUAGAGUGGAUGUUAGAGAUUCUCUAGUGAUGAUCCAACCAACAUUAGUACGUUUCCAAGCUGAUGGUUCUGAACCUGAACCUGUUCUUUUGGACUCAGCUUCAUUAACUCCUGAUUCCGUUCUUUUACUAGAUGCGUUUUUCUACACGGUCAUCUACUUCGGACACGUUGCAGCUGAAUGGAGAGAUGCAAACUAUCCAAGAGACGAAUAUCCUGGAGUUUAUGAGAUGAUUGAUGGUGCCAAGGAAGAAGCAGCUGCACUCAUAGCUGAUAGAUUCCCAUUGCCAAGAUACGUUACUUGUGAUGAAGGUAAAUCUCAAGCUCGUUUCCUAUACUCCAAGUUGAAUCCUUCAGAAAAUGAUGGUAAAAUUUCGGGUGGCGGACAAAUGGGUAACUUCGGUGGUGAUGCUGGAACCGUUGUUCACACUGAAGAUGUUUCACUACGUACGUUCUUUACACAUUUAGCGAAAUUGGUUGUCAACGUUAGUGCUUGAUAGUGGAUAAAGAAAAUAGAUGAAAUAGAUUUAAGUAAAUAUAUUAGUUGUCAAUUUUAUAUUCUGCGAUUAGUAAAUAUGUGUAAAUAAUAAAAUUAAAGUGUAAAUUUUUUUGCU